AUGGAUAAUUUAGGAAAAGUGUGUAGUACUGUGUUUCGGGGUUGGGAGUGGACGUCGAAUGGGAGUAGAUGCAAUAAGGGUACCAGGAUAAUUACUGGUUGGGAUUCUAGUGUCAUUGAUGUUAUGGUAAUUGCUCAAACGGAUCAAAUAAUGCACCUUCAAAUUAUGUUUAAGAAUGAUAAAAAGAUCCUCUUCUGUUCAGUUGUAUAUGCAGCCAAUUAUUAUUUUACUAGGAGGGAGUUAUGGCAUCAACUUAACAUACAUAAAGUGUUUGUCGGAGAUAGGUCGUGGGUCAUCCUAGGGGACUUUAAUUCAGCGCUCAAUCUGGAAGACAAGUCCAUGGGAGUUUCACAUGUUUCUAUUGGUAUGAGGGAGUUUCAAGAGUGUGUAGCUAACAUAGAGAUGUUUGAUAUUAAUCGAUCGGGAUUUCAGUUUACUUGGAACCAAAAGCCAAAAAAGGGCGUUGGUCUACUCAAGAAGAUUGAGCGUGUCAUGGGUAAUACCCCGUUUGUUGCUGAAUUUCCAAACUCGAUUGCGUUUUUCCAUCCUUAUAGAAUGUCGGAUCAUUGUCCAUCUUUGCUAAAAAUCCCGUCUGCAUGUAAGUCUAAACGUAAAGCUUUUGAGUUUGCGAAUUUCCUGAUUCACAAAUCAGGUUUUUCUGAUAUUGUGAAGAACAUAUGGGAUACGAACAUUGAUGGGGUUGACCAGUUUCGGGUUUUUAAGAAACUAAAGUUGUUAAAGGGCCCUUUGAGAAACUUUAUGUUUCAACAAGGGAAUUUGCAUAAAAAAGUUGACAACCUGCGUGGAAAAUUGGAUUUUAUACAAUGGGAAAUAGAUAGUGAUCCUAUGAAUGCUGAGCUGCGAUCGCAAGAAACCAAGAUAAAUGCUGAGUUUCUUGAAGCAUGCUUGGAUGAGGAACGCUUCUUGAGACAAAAAUCUAAAGUUGACUGGUUGAAGGCUGGGGAUACAAUCACUAAGUUUUUCCAUGCUACCUUGAAGAGUAGGAAUCAUUUGAGUAGGAUUGAUGUUAUCAUGAACUCGAAUGGGGUGUUAAUGGAGGGUGAGGAUGUCCAUAAAACUCUUGGAUUUUUUGAUACUGGAAAGUUGCUUCGUGAAAUCAACAAUACUUUAAUUGUGCUUAUCCCGAAGAAGUCUACUCCAAUGCUAGUCACGGAUUAUCGUCCUAUAGCUUGUUGUAAUGUGAUUUACAAAUGCAUUAGUAAAAUUGUGGCGGAUCGUAUUAAAGGUGCUCUAAGCAGGAUUGUUAGCAUCAAUCAAUCAGCGUUUGUCCCAGGCAGGAAAAUCUCAGAUAAUAUUUUGUUGACACAAGAGCUUAUGCAUAACUAUCACAGAGACCAUGGGCCCCCGAGAUGUGCGUUUAAAGUGGAUAUUCAAAAAGCGUAUGACACUGUAGAUUGGAGAUUUCUCAAGGAUGUGCUUAUAGGGUUCGGCUUCGAUAACAAGAUGGUGGAUUGGAUUAUGAGUUGUGUGACGACUACUUCCUAUUCUAUUUGUGUUAACGGCGAUGUGCAUGGGUAUUUUAGAGGUAGUCGUGGUUUAAGGCAAGGCGAUCCGUUAUCUCCGUAUUUAUUCACACUUGUCAUGGAGGUUCUGACGUGUAUUUUGAAGCAGAAUGCUACGCUUGAUUUGUCUUUCAGGUUUCACAAUAGAUGUGGAAAGCAACAGAUUAUCAAUCUAUGUUUCGCAUAUGACCUCUUUCUGUUUGCUCGUGGUGAUGUUAGUUCAGCUUCAUGUAUUAUGAGGUCUUUAACAACAUUCACUAACAUGUCCGGUUUGGUUCCAAGCAUCCAGAAGAGUACGGCGUUUUUUGUAACGUGGCCACACAGUGUGCUGGUGGAGAAGCUUGACAAUCGAAUUAUGAAUUGGCAGAACAGGUUUCUCUCUUUUGCUGGCAGGUUGCAGCUUAUUUCUUCGGUGCUCUCGGCUAUGCACAUUUAUUGGUCUUCUGUUUUUAUAUUGCCGGCUCGAAUCAUUAAGGAGUUAGAAGCCAAAAUGUUAAAAGGUCGAAGCUUUUGGGUUUGCAAAGAGGUCGCCAACUGUUGUUGGAGCUGGAAGAAAUUACUUCAACUUCGGCCUAUAGUCAGGAAUCAUAUAUGGACGAGGUUGGGUGAUGGGAGCCGUACAUCAGCAUGGUAUGAUACAUGGAGUAAUUUGGGUCCAUUAUCUAAUAUUUUGACUCCCAGAGCCAUCUCUAAUGCGGGGUUUGAGCUGGGUGCUAAGGUUAAGGAUGUCCACGAAACCGGUUCUUGGUCUUGGUCGAUGGCCUGGAGAGAUUUGUAUCCAGUUCUUAUUCAACUGGAUCAAAUCUCGUUGAAUCCGGGUAUGAGAGACCAGAUUUGCUGGAAGGAAGGGAAUAAGCUUCUUGAUUUUUCUUCAUCAAAUGUUUGGCAUUCGAUUUGGAAUAAGGUUAGACACAAGGUUUGUAUGAAUAGUGUUGAGUCCAAGUGGAGCGCUAUUAUGAAUUGGCUGUUGGAUCGUGCUCGGUCAAAAUCUGCGACGAGUUAUGUUAGCAGAUUACUCGUUGCUACGGUCGCUUAUUUCAUAUGGCAGGAGCGGAAUGCUAGAUUGUUCAAGAACCAAACGAGACCUCCGGACACCAUUUGUGAGCUAAUUGUCAAGACUAUUCGGUACAAGCUUAUGGGAGUUAAAUUCAAAGAUUGUGCGAAGGUUAGGAGGAUGCUUGGUGAUUGGGAUAUUGGUGGAACUGGAGAUAUUGACGAUGGGAGUUAA